UUCGCAUUGAAUUGGUUAUCACUAAUUUAUACGUCGUUGUCGUGAGCAGUCCAAAGUAUUCGAUUACAAGGGUAACUUAUUGGAACUAACAUUUUUUGACAAACACGAGCUACGGCAGGAUGGCGGCAAGAGGGUUGAGCACACUUUUAUUGGCGAUCUUCUUCAUAGUUGUUGCAACCGGCGCGAAUACCGGCGUAAGCUCCGUUGGACUGGGUGGACGCAUUAUCAAUGGCACUUUGGCGUACCAAAAUGCGACGAAACAUCAGGUGUCGAUUCGUAGACGUCUUAAUGAUCAAUACUUUUUUGGUGCCGGACACGUUUGUGGCGGUUCGUUGAUUGGGCCGAAUGUGGUGCUCUCUGCGGCGCAUUGCUUUGUCAAUCAAGAAAUCGACACUGGCAUUUAUCGUCCUGCUUCAGAUUUCGUUGUGGUCAUGGGCACGCUGGAUCGUUAUGAGCGCACCAAGUACACGCUGCAGUUCAAUAUCGAGCAGAUUGUUUAUGGCAUAAAUCCAUUUAAUUUGUCCACAUAUGAGAAUGAUAUUGCUUUGGUGUUUUUGAAUGGUUCCGUGCCCGCAGGAUAUCCCACUGUGCAGCCCAUUCAGCGUGCUAAAACUGCGACAACGGCAGGCACUGUCUGUCAGGCGACAGGUUGGGGUCAAACUGAGAGGGGUGUAUUGUCUACUGAUCUGUUAUCAGUUGACUUACCCAUAAUUGGUGCGAAGCAAUGCACCGAGGACACCGCUUUCGCGAAGGGUCUCAUCCGUCAGGGUAUGCUCUGCGCUGGUUAUCUGCAGGGUGAACGUGACGCUUGCGCCGGCGAUUCUGGCGGUCCGCUGGUGUGUAACAAUUUGCUGACCGGUAUUGUCUCCUGGGGCAUUGAGUGCGCGUUGCCGCGUCUGCCCGGCGUUUACACAGAUGUCGCAUACUUUUCCGAUUGGAUCGAGAAUGUGACGCGGAACUACGCGAUUAGCAUGCAGCGUGCGAAUAAUACGAGGCCCGGUGGCAAUAGCACAAAACCGGGUAGUAAUAGCACUAGGCCGGGUAACAGCACUGGUGGCGGUGGCGGCAGUUGGGGUGGUGGUGGUUCCGGUGGCGGUGGCGGUGGCGGCGGUGCUAUGGCUACGUUCUCUCAUUCGGCCGUUAUGCUCGUAAUGAUUGUCGCUUGGACUACCGUAAUGAGCUAUUUCAAUUGAAAUUCUGACAUUUGUGCAUGUGUGUGAUAUUAUCUGAAGUAUUAUACGAUUUUGUUUAACUAAAUUAAUUUAACAAAUAUAUUUGAAGUAAUGCAAAAAAAUAUUUUUUAU